GCUACUCACACUCACGCACAUAUUUCUAUUUCUUUUCUAGUUUUUCUUAAAUCUGGUUUGUCUUUGUGGGGAUCCUGGACCCUUCCCUUCUUCAACCAUUUGAUUCUCUGAUCCACACCUCACUACACACAACAAAAAUACUUCUAAAAGAGGGAGACCCUUUCUCACCAACAGGGGUUUCUCUCAAGCAAAGAAUCCCCUCUCUCUGUUUAAAUAAUAAAACCCACAUUUCGGUUCACUGAAUGUGUUAAUCCUGUUGUGUUGUGUUUUUCCUGGCGUCUGUUAAUCUGUCGUUUUCAGUUGAUUGUUGAAUGCCAAGGGUUUUUGUGUUUUAAGAGGAGAGGAAGGAGAAUAAAACAGAAGCCCUUCCCUUCAUUUCUCUCUUUCUUUCUUUGAUGGGUGUUGCCCCAAAAACAUGUUCUUUCUUCUUGCUCUCUCUUCUCAGUGAUUGUUAAGCUGUGUGGGAGAGUGGAAGGUGGGCUUUUGAGGGGUUCUUUCAGUUUCUUGAGAUGGAUACUAAAGGGAGGCUUGUUGCUGGUUCACACAACAGAAAUGAGUUUGUACUCAUCAAUGCUGAUGAGAUUGGAAGAGUGACUUCUGUGAAAGAGUUGACUGGACAGAUCUGUCAGAUUUGUGGAGAUGAGAUUGAAUUUACUGUAGAUGGGGAGCCUUUUGUUGCUUGCAAUGAAUGUGCAUUCCCUGUUUGUAGACCAUGCUAUGAAUAUGAGAGGAGGGAGGGAAAUCAAGCUUGUCCUCAGUGCAAAACCAGAUACAAGCGCAUAAAAGGGAGCCCCAGAGUUGAUGGAGACGAAGAUGAAGAUGAAUUUGAUGAUUUGGAGAAUGAAUUUGAUUAUAAUGGCAAUGAAAGGAGAGAUCACCAGCAUAUUGCUGAGGGGGCUCUCUCUGGUAGGCUUAAUAUUGGCCGUACUGCUUCUGGAAUCACUACUCCCUCGGAACUGGAUGCCACUGCCAUCAACUCAGAAAUUCCUCUCCUUACUUAUGGUCAAGAGGAUGACACGAUUUCUGCCGACAAGCAUGCUCUCAUUAUCCCUCCCUUUAUGGCUCGUGGAAAGCGCGUCCAUCCUAUGCCAUUUACUGAUUCCAGCAUGACUUUACCACCACGACCAAUGGAUCCUAAGAAAGACUUAGCUGUUUAUGGUUAUGGUACUGUUGCCUGGAAGGAAAGAAUGGAGGAAUGGAAGAAAAAACAAAAUGAUAAACUUCAAGUGGUUAAGCAUCAAGGCAAUCAGGGUGGUGCUAAUGGAGAUGAGCUGGAUGAUCCUGAUUUACCUAAGAUGGAUGAAGGCAGACAACCGCUUUCGAGGAAGCUGCCAAUUCCUUCGAGCAAGAUAAACCCUUACAGAAUGAUCAUUCUACUCCGGAUGGCAGUUCUUGGAUUGUUCUUCCACUAUAGAAUUCUCCACCCCGUCAAUGAUGCGUAUGGAUUAUGGCUGACAUCAAUUAUAUGUGAGAUAUGGUUUGCUGUGUCGUGGAUAUUUGAUCAGUUCCCAAAGUGGUUCCCUAUUGAGCGGGAAACAUACCUAGACAGACUCUCACUAAGGUACGAGAAAGAAGGAAAGCCGUCUGAGCUAGCCGCUGUGGACAUAUUUGUUAGUACAGUGGAUCCGUUGAAGGAACCUCCACUUAUUACUGCAAACACUGUUCUCUCUAUACUUGCCGUGGAUUACCCAGUCGACAAGGUCGCGUGCUAUGUCUCUGACGAUGGUGCUGCAAUGCUUACUUUUGAAGCUCUUUCUGAGACAUCCGAGUUUGCCAGGAAAUGGGUCCCAUUCUGCAAGAAAUUUAGCAUAGAGCCUCGGGCACCUGAAUGGUACUUUGCUCAAAAGGUUGACUAUUUGAGAGACAAAGUAGAACCAACAUUUGUGAGGGAACGUCGUGCAAUGAAGAGAGAAUAUGAAGAAUUUAAAGUUCGAAUAAAUGGAUUGGUUGCUAUGGCACAAAAGGUUCCUGAGGACGGUUGGACCAUGCAAGAUGGAACUCCGUGGCCUGGAAAUAAUGUCAGGGACCAUCCUGGAAUGAUCCAGGUAUUCUUGGGUCAAAAUGGUGUUCGGGACAUUGAAGGAAAUGAGUUGCCUCGUCUUAUAUAUGUUUCUCGUGAGAAGAGGCCUGGAUUUGAACAUCACAAAAAAGCUGGUGCUAUGAAUGCUUUGAUACGGGUGUCAGCUGUCAUCUCAAAUGCUCCUUACCUACUUAAUGUUGAUUGUGAUCAUUACAUAAAUAACAGCAAGGCUCUUAGAGAAGCUAUGUGUUUCAUGAUGGACCCCCAAGCUGGAAAGAAAAUAUGCUAUGUGCAAUUUCCUCAAAGAUUUGAUGGAAUUGAUCGGCAUGAUAGAUAUUCAAAUCGCAAUGUUGUCUUUUUUGAUAUAAAUAUGAAAGGGCUUGAUGGAAUCCAAGGUCCAAUUUAUGUGGGAACUGGAUGUGUCUUCAGGAGGCAAGCACUGUACGGAUAUGAUGCCCCCAAGAAGGCAAAACCCCCUGGCAAAACAUGCAAUUGUUGGCCAAAAUUGUGUUGCUGCUGUUGCAGCUCGAGAAAGAAGAACAAGAAAGGGAAAUCAAAGGAAAAUAAGAAAAAGAGUAAGAGCAGGGAAGCUUCAACCCAGAUUCAUGCUCUUGAAAAUAUUGAGGAAGGAAUCGAAGGAAUUGACAGUGAAAAAUCAUCCCUCAUGCCCCAGAUAAAGUUUGAGAAAAAAUUUGGGCAAUCACCAGUUUUCAUUGCUUCAACACUUUUAGAAGACGGUGGUGUUCCCCAGGGAGCAACAUCUGCAUCACUCUUGAAAGAAGCUAUUCAUGUCAUUAGUUGUGGUUAUGAAGAUAAAACAGAAUGGGGGAAAGAAGUCGGAUGGAUUUACGGUUCUGUUACUGAAGAUAUCUUAACUGGUUUUAAGAUGCAUUGCCAUGGCUGGCGGUCAGUUUACUGCAUACCCAGAAGACCCGCAUUCAAGGGAUCAGCGCCUAUCAAUCUUUCUGAUCGUCUGCACCAGGUUCUUAGAUGGGCCUUGGGAUCGGUUGAAAUUUUAUUGAGUAGGCACUGUCCUAUUUGGUAUGGAUAUGGGUGCGGUCUGAAACCUCUGGAGAGAUUUUCGUACAUAAAUUCAGUUGUCUAUCCACUGACUUCACUUCCGUUGAUUGUCUAUUGCACCUUGCCAGCUGUUUGCCUGCUGACCGGGAAAUUCAUUGUCCCUGAGAUCAGCAACUAUGCUAGUAUAGUUUUCAUGGGCCUCUUUAUAUCAAUCGCUGCAACAAGUAUCCUGGAGAUGCAGUGGGGAGGAGUUGGAAUUGAUGACUGGUGGAGAAACGAGCAGUUUUGGGUGAUUGGUGGCGUAUCUUCCCACUUCUUUGCUCUAUUUCAAGGUCUUCUAAAGGUAUUGGCUGGUGUAAACACAAACUUCACUGUUACCUCCAAAGCAGCCGACGAUGGAGAGUUUUCCGAGCUUUACCUCUUUAAAUGGACAUCUUUGUUGAUCCCUCCCAUGACUUUGAUGAUCAUCAACAUUAUUGGAGUCGCAGUUGGGAUUUCUGAUGCCAUAAAUAAUGGGUACGAAUCUUGGGGGCCUCUUUUUGGCAAGUUGUUCUUUGCCAUUUGGGUCAUCGUCCAUUUAUACCCCUUCCUCAAAGGUUUCAUGGGAAAACAAGAUCGACUUCCCACCAUCAUUGUUGUAUGGUCAAUUCUUCUUGCCUCUAUAUUCUCAUUAUUGUGGGUCCGCAUCAACCCAUUUUUGUCAAGGGACGGGAUCGUACUAGAAGUAUGCGGGUUGGAUUGUGAUUAGAUUCAAAGGAUAAGAGUUUUGGUGGUUUCAGGUUUUAUGUGGAAAAUUUGCUCGGGAAUUGCAAGAAUGAUUAAUCUCGGGGUGGUGAUCCUCUGGUGGCAUCUCGGUCACCAAUGAGCACAAGCAACAUAAAGGUAAUUGGAAGAAGGUUGGGGGUGAUUAUGUGUAGAUAAAAAAAGCUGCGAACGUGCACAUUUACAUUGUUCAGCAAAGUUUUCAUUUAUUCUUUGGAUAAGUUGUGUUAUGUGUUCCCAAAAGAAACAUAAAUUAGUUUUCUCAUAAUUUAUAUUCCCUUCUCAAUAAGGGCCUAGUACAAGAGCAUUUUUCCAACCUUCCAAAGGCUCGAAGGUCCACUCUUGUGCUUAGUCUUUCAUGUAACUUGAUUUCUGGAACCAGCCCCCUUGUUUUGGUUACUCAUUGUGUAAUAUUUGAAUAGAUGUAUGCGACGUUGCUGUAAUAAACGGUGCCAUACAUUCACUCAUUGAGUUUAA